UGUGGUCUGAAUCACCGAGACAACGCGACUGUGAAGUGGGGAAACUGAAAUAGCACAUAGAGGAGCUAUACUAAAGCACAUUUCCUGGCAUUUUGCAAAUGGUCAGCGAGUUGUGUGGUUCAAUUGGAGUGAACGCGGUUGUUGUCAUAUUUGUCCGAAUCCCUUUAAAGAAGGUCAAAACAAUAAUUUAAACAAAAGCUUGGAUGCUGUUGGUCCGGGGUGCUCUCAGUUCUCAGGCAUUGCCUUAUAUUGGGGUCUGUUGAAAACGGUGCUUUCAGUUCUGUGGCGCUUGCUGUUACUUAUUCCGACUCCAGUUUCAGAAAAGAAAAAAAACGAUGUGCUGAAACGCUUUGCUUCAUAGCAUAAAGUUUCCAACGAUCAGAAUUAUUUCUUAAAGGUGAUACACUGUGUCAUUCCCUUUCUUGUUUUUUUUUUUUUUUGUUUUAGUUUUUGAUUUGUCCUACUCAUGUAGAAUGCAGCGAGCUGUAUACUGAACCAACCGAACAUUGUCUUCGUUAAACACUGCGAACUUUUUAACUCAAACAAAGAUUUUAAAAAAGGAUUCCAAAAUGUCAACCCCGAGCAGGUUCAAAAAGGAUAAAGAAAUAAUUGCUGAGUACGAAAGUCAAGUAAAAGAGAUCCGUGCUCAGCUGGUGGAGCAGCAGAAAUGCCUGGAGCAGCAGACAGAGAUGAGGGUCCAGCUCCUGCAGGAUCUCCAAGACUUCUUCCGAAAGAAGUCUGAGAUCGAGAUGGAGUAUUCUCGUAAUCUGGAGAAGCUGGCUGAACGGUUCAUGGCCAAGACAAGAAGCACCAAGGACCAUCAGCAAUAUAAAAGAGACCAAAACCUAUUGUCUCCUGUGAACUGCUGGUACUUAUUAUUGAACCAGGUGAGGCGGGAAAGCAAAGACCACGCCACGCUCAGCGACAUCUACCUGAACAACGUCAUCAUGCGCUUCAUGCAGAUCAGUGAGGACUCCACAAGACUCUUCAAAAAGAGUAAAGAGAUUACGUUCCAGCUGCAAGAAGAUUUAAUGAAAGUUCUCAAUGAGCUAUAUACAGUCAUGAAGACUUAUCACAUGUAUCACACGGAGAGCAUCAGUGCUGAGUGCAAGCUGAAGGAGGCUGAGAAGCAGAUUGGGAGGUCAGGAGAUCCUGUCUUCAGCAUCCGCCUGGAGGACAAGCACCAGAGACGCAGCUCGGUGAAGAAGAUUGAGAAGAUGAAGGAAAAGCGGCAAGCCAAAUACUCUGAAAACAAGCUGAAGUCUAUCAAAGCACGGAACGAAUACCUUCUAACUUUGGAAGCGACAAACUCUUCUGUUUUCAAGUACUAUGUUCAUGACCUCUCUGAUUUAAUUGAUUGCUGCGAUCUAGGGUACCACGCCAGUCUGAACAGAGCUCUCCGCACCUUUCUGUCUGCUGAAUACAACCUGGAGACCUCCCGGCACGAGGGGCUGGAUAUCAUUGAGAAUGCAGUGGAGAACCUGGACCCCCGCAGUGACAGGCAGAGGUUCAUGGAGAUGUUCCCCUCUGCUUUCUGCCCACCCAUUAAGUUUGAGUUCCAAUCUCAUAUGGGGGAUGAGGUUUGUCAGCUCAGUGCCCAGCAACCCAUACAGGCAGAGCUAAUGCUGAGAUUCCAGCAGUUACAAUCCCGGCUGACUACUCUCAAAAUCGAGAAUGAGGAGGUUAAGAAAACCACUGAAGCCACACUUCAGACAAUACAAGAUAUGGUGACCAUUGAGGACUACGACGUGUCUGAGUGUUUCCAGCACAGCCGCUCCACUGAGUCUGUGAAAUCGACCGUGUCAGAUACGUACCUCAGCAAGCCCAGCAUCGCCAAGAGAAGGGCGAACCAGCAAGAGACGGAACAGUUCUAUUUCAUGAAAUUUAAAGAAUUUCUGGAGGGAAGCAAUCUCAUCACGAAGCUGCAGGCAAAGCACGACUUACUGAAAAGGACACUCGGAGAAGGUUACAGAGCAGAGUACAUGACUACCAGGCCUCCAAAUCUUCCCCCCAAACCCCAGAAACAGAGGAAGCCUAGGCCUCGCUCACUGUUUAAUGCUAUGUUGUUUAAUGGGAACUUGGAAUCCUUUGUCAAGGAGUCGGGACAGGUUAUUCCUCGAGUGGUUGAAAGCUGUAUCAGAUUUAUCAACCUUUAUGGUCUGCAGCACCAAGGGAUUUUCCGAGUGUCAGGGUCACAAGUGGAAGUCAAUGAUAUUAAAAAUUCAUUUGAGAGAGGUAACGAUCCAUUGACAGAUGAUGAAAAUAACCAUGAUAUUAACUCAGUAGCUGGAGUCCUGAAGCUCUAUUUCAGAUGUCUGGAAAACCCACUCUUUCCCAAGGAAAGAUUUCAUGAUCUAAUUUCCUGUAUCAGAAUAGAAAAUCUCUAUGAGAGGGCUCUCUACAUCCGCAAACUUCUUAUUACACUGCCGAGGUCUGUCCUCAUAGUGAUGAGAUACCUCUUUUCCUUCCUUAAUCACUUGUCUCAGUACAGUGAUGAAAACAUGAUGGACCCCUAUAAUCUGGCAAUUUGUUUUGGUCCUACUUUGAUGCCCGUGCCAGACAUUCAAGAUCAGGUCUCUUGCCAGGCGCAUGUGAAUGAAAUUGUCAAAACCAUCAUCAUUCACCAUGAGACAAUUUACCCCGAUUCCAAGGAGCUGGACGGCCCUGUGUAUGAGAAGUGUAUGGCUGGGGAUGACUACUGCGAUAGUCCCUACAGCGAACAUGGCACCUUAGAGGAGGUCGAUCAGGAUACCUGUACAGAGCCCCACACCAGUGAAGAUGAAUGUGAGCCCAUUGAAGCCAUAGCCAAGUUCGAUUAUAUUGGCCGGUCUGCUCGAGAGCUGUCCUUCAAAAAGGGAGCCUCCCUGCUCCUCUAUCACCGUGCUUCUGAUGACUGGUGGGAAGGCAGGCAUAAUGGGAUUGAUGGAUUGGUGCCACAUCAGUACAUAGUGGUUCAGGAUACCGAUGAUACAUUUUCAGAUACACUGAGCCUGAAAGCUGACAGUGAAGCCAGCAGUGGAACAAUGAGCGAAGACAAGUGUUUGUCAAAGGAAAUCAGCUCCCCGCCUGACAGGCAUCCUGACACCUAUGUUAGCAGCUCCUCUAGACACAGAACGAGGAUGGAGCCUCUCCCAUCACGUCGCUCCACCGGCCGCUCCAGCGAGGGUCACUGCAUGAUGCACCCGCCUCACCCCAUGCUGAACACCUCUUUGGAGAUGGGCUCCCCCAACAUGGGUAACCAUGGCAGCCACAAAAGCCAUCACAGCUCGCGCUCCCUGCUGCAUAACCGCAACCUGCCUGUAGACAGCCCUGAGAUGAGGCGCCGUGCCGGACCAGGCAGCCUCACCAACAUCAGCCGCCACGACUCCCUCAAGAAGAUGGAGAGCCCUCCCAUCCGCAGGUCCACCUCUUCAGGGCAGUACCCCGGAUUCAGCGAGCAGCACAAACCCCUAGACCCAGAGAGCAUUGCUCAGGAUAUCGAGGAGACGAUGAACACAGCCCUGAAUGAGCUGCGGGAGCUGGAACGCCAGAGCACAGCCAAGCACGCCCCUGAUGUAGUGCUGGACACCCUGGAGCAGAUGAAGAACGCACCCACCCCGGCCACCUCCACCGAGUCCCUGAGCCCGCUCCACAACAUCAUGCUGAAGAGCAGUGAGCCGCCAAUGCGUCGCAGCACCAGCUCCUCCAGCGACACCAUGAGCACCUUCAAACCCAUGGUGGCCCCGCGCAUGGGAGUCCAGCUGAAACCCCCAGCCUUGAGGCCAAAACCAAUGGUUCUUCCCAAGACUAACCCCAGCCAUGGACCUCCCCCCGCUGGCCAAGGUCCUACAGACAAGUCGUGCACAAUGUGAAUCUGAAUGUUACACCUGCACAAUAAAAUGCAGGGAUGAUUAAAUACAAUUAACUAAAAAAUGUAAUAAAUAAAUAAAAAGCUUAAGGAGCCACAGCGUGGUCAAAACUAAAGGGAUAUUAAGAUAAAUAUUGGUAGUUAUGUAUUUGUAAGCUGGCUAUGUAUUCUUUGAGUGUUAGAAAGUAAAUGUCUCCAAUUAGCUGCAUUUAAUAUCAAAGGGCAUUUUUACAUGCCUCUGUAAAAACUGGAUUAUCAUACAGUGUUAUUUCAGGACAAUAACAAACACCACAUAGACUUACUUGAAAUAAAAUUUAGAAAUCUGCUGGAUUUUAAAGGAAAAAAAAAAAAAAGGCAAACAAAAGCAACACAAAUCACAAAGGCUUCCCAUAUUGUAAAAUAAUUUUAAACCGUUAGUUUACAUAAAGGGACUCUGUGCAAAAAUAAAACAUCCAAAAGCUUGCAUUUCAAAUCAGUGUUAGUUUACAACCUACUGUGAGGGAUUAUGGAAGUCUUUGUUGAUUUUGAAGGCGGACAUUCUCUCUCUCUUCAACACGAUUGUUUUUGUGUUCUGUUCCUCAGGCCUUACUGCCAGGUAGAAACUAUAGCUCCAUCCUUACUGAUAACCACUGCUUAAAGCUGCUGUAUUCAUGUCGGUUGUUUACAUAGGCCAAGAAACAAAGGUGCGACCGUCAGGAGAGGAAGUGCUCAUUUAAAACCCUCCCUUUUAUUUCAGCAGCAAACAGACCCACUGGUUUGGGUCCUACUGCCAAUAGAAAAAGCAGUUAAGUAGUAUGUCUACUUUUUAUUUAGGCAAAGCAAGCCAUCCAACACAGUCUCUGGGGGUGGUGACACAAAAUUGAGGUCCUUAUAAGGGGACCCCCCCCCCAAUAAAAGACAGAUUCAGCUCUUUGAGGGCACCCCUGGCACAUGCUUUUUUCUUCUGUAUUUGCCAUGUUCUGAUCAUUUCUAGAAUGGUCUUUGGUUGUCAUUAUAAACCAGCUGCCCAUCCCAUCCG